AUGCUGUCCGCCGUCGGAAACCCGCGGCAGCUUGCCACGCAGCUGCUCAACUUUGGCAUGAUCUUGUCGACAGCCUUCAUGAUUUGGAAGGGCCUGUGUGUCGCCACCGACUCGUCGUCCCCCAUUGUCGUCGUCCUCUCGGGCUCCAUGGAGCCGGCGUUCCAGCGAGGCGACCUCCUUCUGCUAUGGAACCGCAACUUGUUCCAGGAGUCGGGCGUUGGAGAGGUUGUUGUGUACAACGUGGAUGGCAAGGACAUUCCGAUUGUCCACCGGAUUGUGCGCAAGUUUGGGACUGGUCCCACGGCGAAACUGCUCACCAAGGGCGACAACAACGUAGCCGACGACACGGACCUGUACGCCCGCAAGCAGGACUACCUCGAGCGGAAGGACAUUGUGGGCAGCGUGGUGGGGUUUGUGCCGUUUGUCGGCUACGUCACGAUCAUGCUGACGGAACACCCGUGGCUGAAGACGGUGAUGCUGGGCAUUAUGGGCUUGGCGGUGGUCCUGCAGAGGGAGUAG